AUGAGCAAGAGCGGUCAGAAACAAGCGAGUGUAAUACGCGCAUCUUCCACGUUUCGGUCCACUAAACCGUCAGGGACCAUGGGUGGUGGCGGGCAAGUUCGAUUUCAAUCUACUAAAGAAACAUACGAGCUGAUAUCCGAAGGUGUAACGAAGCUAGAAGUUGUAUUGACCUUUGAGCUUGAGAGUAAUCUCAUCGAUGGGAUGAGCAAGGGCGGUCAGAAACAAACGAGUGUAGUGUACCGUGCGCAUCUUCCACGUUUCGGUCCAUUAAACCGUCGGGGACCAUGGGUGGUGACGGGCAAGUUCGAUUUCAAUCUACUAAAGGAAGGCUGGAAGAAGAAA